AUGUCGUUAUCAUCACUCAGAUCACCACAGAGGGUGCUCUCAAGAGCUUACACUCAAAACACCCAAAAGCAGUCAACCCCUCAAUCUCAACCUGAGCAGCCCAAGAAGCACAAGACUUUGGCUGAGUUGGACGAGGAGCUUCGCCAGAAGAUGGCUGGCCACUCUGGUGAUGGCGGCGAUGCUGGUAUCGAGUACGAGGACGGUCAACCUGUUUCUAUGAAGCGCUCUGUCAAGAACAACAUGUUUCGUUACAUCUGA